AUGCUGGCGAAGAUGGGAAGCGAGAUGGUGGAGCUGAAACAUCGAGUAUCCGAGCAAAGCGACACGAUCAGGAAGCUGAGCGCCACGGUGUACAAGCAAAGCACCACCAUCCAGGGACAGGAAGAUCUGAUCCGAGGCUUGGAAGCCCAGGUCCAGGAAUCCAAGGAAGAGUUUCGACAGCAACUAGAUCAGCUGAUGCAAAAGCUGGAUGUAUCGGGCGAGGUGGCUUUGCCAAGCGGCCCUCGAGCAACGUUUGCGGACGUCGCGCGCGCCCUGCCAAACAGCCCGCCCUCCAGUACACGCAGCAUACCUGGUCCAACCAAACAGCAGACAGCCAACGAUUCUGUCCAUUGUACCAUUGACACGUCUCGUGUAAGUGAGCCGAACAGGAACAAAGCGCAAAUCGGGCAGAUACGACAGGCCAUCGAGGUUGAGAUGAGAGCGAAGAACGGACAUGAGACCUGGAGAGAUGAAGCCGAGCUUCAGCUGGUCAAAGAGGCGGCGCAGAAGACAGCCGUGGAGGGAGCGCGAAUCAUGAGAGACCAGCUGUAUCCGGUCCGGGUCGACAACGCCAACCGGACAGCAAUCCUCGACACGGAGGGCAAUAUCCUGCCCGGAGCGAUCGAAGCUUUGAGUGCCGAAAACAGAGUGACCAUUGGCAAGAUUUCCUGGCUGAGCAAACGAGAGUCUGGUAAAGCCUACGGAUCCAUGGUAGUAUAUGUCACCAAGAAAAGCGAUGCAGAAAGGCUUCUGGACGGUGACUACUUUGACCUAGCGGGAGAGUCGGCCACCACUUAUAAGUUCGAGCCAAGAACGGGACCGAUCCAAUGCUUCAAUUGCCAGGAGAUCGGUCACAAAGCAUAUUCAUGCAAGAAGCAGCGGACAUGCGGCAGUGCGCAAACGCUGGGCAUCACCACCGAGAAUGCACAGCGAUUGAGCCAAAAUGCGUCCCCGAUGCUUGAGUCCCUCCGCAUCCUACAGCUGAAUGCACACAAGAGUGAUGUGGUGCAGCAGAGUCUGAUGAACGACGAAGACCUGAAGGAUUUUGCCGCACUGGCUAUAUCUGAGCCACAUGCGCGCAAUAUCGACGGAAAGGUGGUGACGAGUCCUAUGGGACACCAUAACUGGACAAAGAUGAUUCCGACGUGUGUUCGUGACGCCCUAUGGCCGAUCCGCAGCAUGCUCUGGAUCCGAAGUGACCUUGAGGCGGAGCAAAGUGCCUGUGCCGUCGGCCGAUCUCACAGCAGCGGGAGACGCACCGAUGUGGUUUUGGCGGGGGACUUCAACCGCCACGACCUCCUCUGGGGCGGAGAUGAAGUGUCAGCGAGCAGACAAGGGGAGGGCGAACCCAUCAUUGACCUGAUGGACGACUUUGGUCUUAGCAGCCUUCUCGCGAGAGGGACGAAAACGUGGCAGAGGUCGGACGAGGAGAGCACCAUCGACUUGGUGUUGGCAUCGGCGGAACUGGCGGACGAGUUGACAUCCUGCGUGAUUCAUCCAACAGAGCACGGAUCAGACCAUAGAGCGAUCCAGACGACAUUCGACAUUCGAGUGCCGGAGCGUACCUUUCCGCAGCGCCAGAUGCUCAAGAACGCGCCGUGGAUCGCCAUCGCAACCAGGGUCGAGGACGAGCUUCGGCCUCUUCCGUGGACUCCGCCGCCAUACGCGAAGCGAUGGUGGACAAAGGACCUGACGCGACUCCGUCGGACGUACACGUAUUGGCGCAAUCAAGCAAGGGCGCAGCGAAGAGCCGGUCAAUCGCGGCCGGAUCUGGAGCAGCGCGCCAAGGAGGCUGCGAAGGAGUACCACGACAAUUUGCGGAAACAAAAGAAGGCCCAUUGGGAUGACUUCGUCAUCGAAGGGAGCAACAUCUGGAGGGCUGCCAACAAGGGCGAGCAAGCCGAGGAACUCCUGAGCACCUUCUUUCCGCCUCUGCCAACGAGGAUUGAGCCGGAGGGUGAACGUCCGCAGAGACAAGAAAUAGCCAUGCCAGACCUCACCUUGCAAGAGAUUGAGGAGAAGGUGAUGGCGGCGAAGCCCUGGAAAGCGCCUGGUGAGGAUGGCCUUCCUGCGAUCGUGUGGAAGAAGCUCUGGCACGUGGUCAAGCACCGGGAGCGGAUCUACAAGGCCUGGAGAACGGGCAGAGUGCUCAGCCUCAUCAGCUUUGACGUCAAAGGCGCAUACAACGGAGUGUGCAAAGAGCGAAUGCUCGAAAGGAUGAAAGCCCGAGGCAUCCUGAACCUGGUGCAAAGACGGAUCAGUAACAAUGGCGGCUCCAUCGCCUUCGUGGACGAUUACUCUGCCUGGGUCACGGGGCCAACGGCAGAGUCAAACAGAGAUGAGAAGACAUCCGUCAUCCACUUCACACGCAUCGCGGAGCGCGACAGCGACCUGCCUCUCAUCAUCAAAGGAAACGAUGUCAAGCCGAAGAGCAACGUGAAGCUGUUGGGAGUCAUCAUGGACAAGGCGCUUCGCUUCAAAGAGCACAUCGCCAGAGCAGCCGCCAAGGCGACGGUGGCGCCAGCCAUGGACUAUGCCUCAAACGUGUGGUCGCACGCGUGCGGGGUGAAAGAAGCGGCGUGGAUUGGCAGGGCCCAGCGAAUCGGAGCCCAGGCUGUCACGGGAGGCUUUCGCACAGUGGCAACGGUAGUGGCCGAGGCCGAGGCCGGCACGCAUCCUCUGACAUCGUUGAGGCUCAAGCUGAACAGGAGGUAUGCGUCGCCAAUGCAGAAGCUCGCCUCGGCGAUGGGAAGACUAGAUACCAAACGCCUGGAAGUCAUCCACGAGUUCGCACUGGCGCCGUGGGACGAACGAGUGCAGGCAACGUAUGAGGCAGACCGAGCGGAGGUGCUGAAGUCGGAUGACCCGGAGGACAUCACUAUCGCGACGUCCAGCUCGCAAAGGAAAGGCAAGGUCGGGUUGGGAGGCGUCGUUCGGGAUGCUUCCCGUGACAGCGCAGACGAGGUGCUGGCCAGCUACUCCGUCACCCUUGGCUCCAGUGAUGAGCAGAAUACCUACACAGCAGGACUCGAGGCAAUCGCCAUGGCCCUGAGUGGUGACACCGACCAGCAGUGGAACCUUGACGAAGUUGCCCUUGCGUAG